AUGUCAGACGCUAACAAGCAGAUCAUGGCACAGAAAAGUGCUAAAAUUGCAGCUGGAGCUGUUGUGUGCGUUGAGAGUGAAAUCAGAGGAGAUGUGACCAUUGGUGCUAGAACAGUUGUCCACCCAAAAGCAAGAAUCAUAGCAGAGGCAGGGCCUAUUGUCAUUGGAGAAGGCAAUCUGAUAGAGGAGCAGGCACUUAUCAUUAACAGUUAUCCAGAGAACAUCAUGCCAGACACAGAGGGAGUUGAGCCAAAGACGAUGACUAUCGGGACCAACAAUGUGUUUGAAGUUGGAUGUGUCUCUCAGGCUUUGAAAAUUGGAGACAACAAUGUGAUUGAAUCCAAAGCUGAUCUUGGGAGAAAUGUGAUCCUGACGAGCGGCUGCAUUGUCGGCGCGUGCUGCCAGGUCAACACGUGUGAGGUCGUGCCAGAGAACACAGUGGUGUAUGGAUCAAACUGCAUCCGUCGUGUGCAGAGCGAAAAGCCUCAGCCUCAGACUCUGCAGCUCGACUUCCUCAUGAAGAUUCUUCCCAACUACCAUCACCUUAAGAAGACAGCGAAGGGAAGCGGCACGCCCGUGAGAAACUAAGACAGAUCUGGAUUCAGAGUAAAACCUGCAACCAAAAGCAUCUGCACUCAUACAUUUGAAGCUCACACAUUUCCCUCAACCUUCACUUACGUCUACUGUAUAUUCACUAAUGCCUAAUGGAUUACCUCUAGCACUGAAAACGACCAUCAGACACACUACAUUUCUUCCUGCAUACCAUAUGUGAUGAUUCCUGAUUUUGCACUUUUGCUUUAA